UGACUGUCAAAAUACUUAAUUCGCCAUCUGUCAUAUGAUGGAAAUUAAUAACAAUUGAUUUGUCCUUAAAAUGUAUAUUAAAGCGAAUACAAGUAUAGGUUUUUAAAAUGGUUUAAUAAAUAACGUAAAAAAUCAAAAUAAAGAUGAAUUUGCAUCAAAUUGUAAGUGGGGCGUGUAACGCAGGAGACAAAUGCUUUGCUGUUGGUUCAGUGGAGGGUGUUCCAUUUACAGCAUAUGCUGCAGGAUGUAACAUAGUUAUUCUGGCAUCCACCUUUGAACGAGUCCAAAUUAUACCUGGCGCAGUUCAUGAUUAUAUCAGAAUUAGCUCAGUCGACUGUUCAAGUGAUACUGGAAAAAUUGCUGCUGCUUAUGAUAAUACAGUGUGCAUUUAUGAACCUACACCACUAAUUAACAAUUCUUCUACACAUGGCUUGGACUACAGAUGGGUGCAAACGGGCACUUUUAAAACCGACUCGCCGAUUCGCGCCCUUAGCUGGAACUUAGAAGGCACCCGUCUACUGACGGCGGGCGCGCACGUUCAGCUCUGGCACCUUAAAACUUUCGCCGAAGACGAUGAACCCUCUGUUACGUUCACUUUGGGCGGAGAACACACAGAGGGAAACGAAGAACAAGACAAACCACAAGAACAAGAGCAAACUCUUUGGCAAUGCGUUUGGAAGGCAAACACUGCAAUUCCUGUUCAACAUUUGGCAUUCAGCCCUGACGGAACACUUUUUGCCACAUGCGGAGAAAACGAUAGAUUGGUUAAAAUCUGGUAUGAAAACAAACACUUCAUAUUUACUUCAAAAAGCACCGAGGGCGCAGUUGAUCUGGAGUAUGGUUUCGUGUAUAUUGCGCAUCCUAGAGCAGUUACCCAUUUGUCUUGGAGAACCACCAGUAAAUACAUGCCAAAGGGGUCAGUUUCCAACAUGCUCGUUACUUCUUGUAAAGACAACAUUUGUCGAUUAUGGGUAGAAACGGUUUUACCGGAAGAUGGUUUAGUAAAUUUGUCCCAGCUAGAUCCGCAGGCCCAUCAUCCAAAAUUUAGGACUCACAGACACAAGCAUAGAUUUAUGCAAAGGCUUAAACACAUGAAAACUUGUUUUCAUAUAAGAAGGCACGCAAAAAACCAGGCACAAGGUUUCCAGGGACCUUCGCCGCCGAUUCCCACUCUACCGUCGACUUAUAGUGUUCAUGAUUUUCAUUCUUAUGGAUAUCAUGGAACAGGUGUAACACCAGGGUUGCACUUUCAUUUAGCAGCGUCUGUAAAUGCUGAAACUGACAUACCUUUGGUACCAAGCAUCAGCUAUUGCAAUCCCAAACCUGCUUUUGUGCUACAUUGGCUGGACAAUAAAGAAAUGCAGUUUAACUUGCAAGCCGAACUAUUUUUAGAAGAAUUCGCUAAACCUGUUAUUGAUAAUCCCGAAUCGGAAGAUUCCGCCGAAGAACCUUUAAUGGAGUCUUCUAAUAGUACUGAUGGAGUUGAUGCAAGAAUUGAGAGUUUUCUUAGAGAUUGGCAUCAUAGUCCGGAUUUGCUUUUCAGCAUUCAUCCCGUGGAUGGAAGCUUUCUAAUAUGGGUCGUUGAGUGGUUGGAUGAAUAUCACCCUGGUUCCUUCAGACAGGCUCAAGUGUCAUUUUCAACCAGAAUCCCUUCGGCCUUCCCCUUAGGCGAUUCGAUGAGCAUGUCUACAACCGUCAGUCUAUACAGUACCAUGCCGUUAAUGAAACACUUGGUGAAAGACUUUAUUAACCGCGACCUAGGAAGCAAGGACAACUGCAACCUGGCCAGCGUCAAAGAGGAGGACGAAACCAAAACGAACGAUCAGGAAUCGCCUCCUGCGGAAGAACAAAACGAAGCCUCGCCUGUCGUGUCGUUGGUCACGAAACACGACAACGGCACUUUAAACUUGUGGCAGGUGACUUUCGCGGACAAAAGCAAGUUUAGUCAGGUUUUGAGUAUUGGUCACAAGAGCCGGGCGUCCGGUCAUAGAUUCAGAGUGAACGAUAUCACCUGCCAUCCGGUGUUGCCACUUCUGCUCACUACCAGUCAUCAUAAUAUUUGCGAUCAGAACAAAAGUCAAAGUCGUACGGGUUUCUGUAGCGAACUGAUUUUAUGGAAAGUCGACGCAGUCGGACCUCUAUCGAAGUCGGGUGGCAUAUGCGAACUGGCUCGCAUCAGUUCGCCGGAACCGUCGGCGUUUAGCAACGUGGCAUGGAUACCAACCUUGCUGCCAUCCAGCACCCUGGGCAACCUGUCAAACUCUCCAAGCGCCUGCUUUGUGGCAUCUGAUGGCCAGUGCCUGAGAGUGUACCAAGCCGUCAUCGAUGCCCGCACUUUGCUGGCCGAUUUGUCGUUUAAAGAAAGCAGAAAAAACGACGAAGAUGACGAAAGCGAAUCUGACAUGUCGUCGUUGAAUCACGAUAGUUUGCUCGAAAAUAUUAAUAUUGUAUCGCAACAAAGCACUUCCCGGCCAGGAUGUAUCAUCCAAUUGGAGACCAUUGCAGAAGCUAUUCAGUGGCAGAAUACCACGUUUUUACACGUGUAUCAGGAACAACUCAUUACUGGUCAUCGCGGAGCUCCAAUCAACAUCACUGGACAUGAUGCCAUGGUGGAUUUACAGCAACAGUCCAUAUUCGAGGAGCCGUUCUUUAUCGUUCUUCUCGAUUGCUCUGAACAAAACACCACCAUUCACAUGUGGAAGCUAGUCAUCGCCUCCACCGAUUCCGAGAUGAUUUUGACAGGAAGCGAAAUGUACGUUCCCGACUGCAUGUUGGUGCAGGAUCAAGAGGAUUUGAGCAGGAAAAACAGCAUGGAAUCGUUGCACAUUAAACAAGCAAAAGUCAGUCCGCACAUUAAUAUUACCGUUACGAGGGAGGUAAAGCAGAUAUUACCGUUGCCGGAUGGGGUAGAAAUAGUCCACGCUGCUCCUGCAGCUGGACACCUGAGUUCAGCGUCCAUAUACCCUGCAUGCCUGGCACCAUAUUGCUUUGCCACUGCCUGUAGCGACGGCAUUAUUCGCUUUUGGACUGUUUCGUAUAAUAAACAAGACGUUAAAUCGUACAAUCAUCUUUUGCUGGAAGAAGACGGGUUAAUAGUGAAUAGCGGGAAAGUAUGGACGGAAUGGAACAUGGUAAAAGAAUCUGCUAUUAUAAUCGAUGGACAAGUUUUGAAUAUUAGCGUGGCUUAUUCCGGAAGAUUAGCGUGUGCGUACAAAAGCGGAAAAAGUUUUACCAGGCCAAACCAAAACAAACAUGACCACAACUCGAGAUAUAUUAAUUUGUGCGUUGCAAUUUAUGAAUGCGAAUCGACAGGUGGUACGGAAUGGAUAUUGGAAGAUGUAAUCCAUUUAAAAAACAUUCACUUGCCUAGGAUAGAUAUAGUACAGCUUCUGGAUAUUAGUUACCUGUACGAUUCGAAAACGCUAAAAAAGAAACAACGAAUUAACGAAGUUCUCCAUUCUUUCGGCGAUGAUAGACCAUCCAAUCUAGCAACAGAACCCCAUAUUAAACCAUCCCUGCUGGCUGUUCCCAGUUUUACCACUUUGCAGUCAUUGAGAAAAUCGAUUUCGGAAAUGGGAAAUAUUUGUCCGCUAACGCAGAAACACAUUGUUCAACUCGAUUGGGUUUCGAACGAGGAUGGUUCUCACAUUUUAACUGUAGCUUGUGGAAGUAAAAUUAUGCUUUACACACCUCUAUCCACGGAUUUGGCACAAGCAAACGUUAAGGCAAUGAAGGAAUCAAUGAAUAAUGCCAGACCUAUUUUAAGAAAAGCUAGUUCCCUAGCUCAGCCAAUGUUCGUCGAUGUUUUCAAAUGGAUGACCUUACGAAAAAUUGAAUUACAAACCGCCGAUGGACUUCCAGCCUUACCAAUGCAGAUUAGUUGGGUUAGAGAUGGCAUUCUUGUUGUUGGUAUGGAUUCAGAAAUGCAUGUUUAUACGCAAUGGAAACCGCAAAACCCAUUAAUGCAGCAAGGCGAAAUAACAGAACGGGAUAUGGACUUUAGAACAUUGACGCAGGAGAAUCAAAGAAAAUUAGCGGCCGUGCCAACAUUAGGAAGAAUCAGUUCGGUGAAUUUGCAAAUUUUGGACCGAAAACGGAAUAAAGAAGCUAUCAUCGAUUACAUGCCAGAUUAUGGUUUAUUUGAAGCCUCCAGAAUAGCUUGCCCCGUAUUACCUCAAUAUCAUCCCAAGCAGCUUAUGGAGCUACUUAACUCUGGAAAAAUUAGAUGGGUUAAAGCUAUAUUAUCUCAUUUGGUUAAGUGUGUCGGGGGAAAUCAAGAACAACCCGAAGAUAUACAAGGGUGGGCAAGAGCCAGAACAUUGUCAGUGAGUUAUCCAGCAGGAAGUCCAGAACAUAGAGCCAGCAUUGGAGAAAUUGCUCUGGAUUACGAUGAGAUAAACAAUAUUCCUCCACUGCCGCUUUGGACGCUCCUAGCAGCUGACAAAGAACAACCUGUUACUCAGGAAGACAAGAAAGAUUACAACGAAUUGUUUGAUAACAACCUCGAUAUGGAAGAGUCUUUGGAUACUCUUCUAGAAGAUCAGGAAAUCACUGGUCGAACAGAAAGAAGACCUUCAGAGAGAAACGUCGGUCUUACGCACUUCACUCCAAAACAAGGCAGAGUACUAUCGAGACUACUGACCCACAUACAUCUGCCUGGAUUGUCCAGCUUGGACCAGAUGCAUCUGCUGGCCCUGGCCGACACAGUGUCCACGUGCAACAUCGAUUUGGCUGAGCGGUUCGCGAUCGACGCAGCAAAAUCCGCCAUUGCCAAGGAGAAUCUUGUGGGACAAGGGGAAGAAGUUAUCGCCGAUAGUCUUGAUGACUGCGGACUACGCUUCUUGUUGGCCAUGAAACAUUACGGGUACUUGCUUAGGUGUCUGCCGUUGGCGCAGAGAUCGCAAUUUCAGAAAAACGGGGUCGGUAUGAACAACAUGGCGUGGGCCUAUCACUCGGAAAGUCAAGAGGAGUUGCUUAAUCUUAUUCCAAGCUAUAACAAAGGUGAACCUACCUGGAACACGCUACGAGAACUAGGUGUCGGGUGGUGGAUAAGAAACACGGCUUUAUUAAGGCAGUGCGUUCAGGUAUUAGCUAAAGCUGCGUAUCAGGCGAAGCAGGAUCCCAUGGAUGCCGCGUUGUACUACUUGGCCAUGAACAAGAAAAAUCUUCUUUGGGGAUUAUACAGAUCCAAGAGAGAUGAGAGGAUGACGGAGUUCUUUUCUCACAAUUUUUCAGAAGAUAGAUGGAGAAAAGCUGCCCUCAAAAAUGCUUACGCUUUAUUGGGAAAACAAAGGUUUGAACAUGCUGCGGCAUUCUUCUUAUUGGCUGGCAACCUGAAAGACUGUGUCGAAAUUUGUCUGAACAGACUGCAAGACUUCCAAUUGGCAAUAAUAAUUGUGCGAUUGUAUGAAGGCGAAGAUCAAUUUUUAAAAAAAUUGUUGUACGAAAACAUUCUCGGCUACGACGCAAACGGCGAAAAUCAAGACAUGACCUGUGCACACCCAGAUCCGUUCCUUAGAUCAAUGGCAUUGUGGACAUUGAAGCAACAUCAAUCAGCCCUAAGCACGCUUCUUGUCGGUAACGCAGGGCCAAAACAAGGGGAAAAGUUGCCCCAGGGCAGAGCAAAGUGGGGGGCGCCUUUACCCAAUAAUUGUCAAUAUUUAAAAGGUGAUCAAAAAAAUACUUGUUCAGGUACAAACCAUCCCGCUCACGAAGAUGAAGCACGAGGAACAAAAGAAGCCGAUCCGAACGUGUUUAACUUUUACGUGUAUCUGAGGACCCAUCCGUUAUUGGUGCGACAACACAUGGCCAACUAUGGCCAAAGAAAAGUGUGGUUGCCUAGCGGAAAACAAGUGGUCGUCGAGGAAUCCAUCACUCCUUUAGAACGACAGCUAUACUUUGCCACUGCGCACGGCCAUUUCCGGGCCGGAUGCCCUGCGCUUGCUUUGGAAGUUCUGUCUAAAUUACCGUAUGUGGUUUCCGAAAAAUCAGCCUCCAAAGUUACUAAAGCAAAAGACAGCAAAACAGAUAAAGAAGAUAUUAACACCGGAAUUAUAUCGUGGGAUACGAAGCCGGAAGUGGAACAGAGUUCAAGCCAUUUUGAUUGGGGCGGUUCUUCGGUUGAUUACAAAGUAAAGACGGACGAUUUCGAGUUGAAAUGGAGCGACGACGAGGGCGAGAAGUCGGACAGUUCCGAGGAAGGUCUGAAGAUGAAAUUGGGUAAUUCGGAGGAUAAAGGGGGCAAAGAAGAGCCGGACGAAGAAAGUGACGGAGAACAACGAAUUGACAUAAUGGCGCAGCAAUUGAAAUUCGUUGCGUGUUUAAAGAUACUAAUGGAGGAAUUAUCGACUCUUGCCACGGGUUUUGAAGUUGAUGGUGGACAGUUGCGUUACCAGCUGUAUAUUUGGUUAGAAAAAGAGGUGGAAGCCCUAAGGGAACUUUGUAAUUACGUAACCACCGAUUCCACGGAACCUUCAGAUUUAGAGCAGACCACGGAACUUGAAAACAGCGAAGUGACCAGUUCCAAACCAACUUUACACGAAAUACUGGUCCAGGAGAAGCUCGACUUUGAAGCGAAGGUUAACCGAGCGGCAAAGAGAAAACGAUGGUUAAGAGCAAACGAAACUUUGCUUAGAACGUUGCUAAGUUACUGUUCCCUUCAUGGGGCAACUGGCGGCUUGGCUUCUGUCAGGAUGGAGCUGGUUUUGCUUCUUCAAGAAUUACAGCAAGAGAAGACCAGCCAGCAAUUGCUAAGUCCGUUACCGUUCCCGACCAGUUUGCCGCUUCUUGCGGCAAGUGUUGCCAGUUGUAAAACUGUGGUUGCCGAUCCGAUAAGAUAUUUGCAAUGUCUUAUACACGAUAUGUUGCAAUCUAUGGUCGAAUUACCACAUCCCAGUACGUCGCAAAGCCAGUUAAUUGUGCUUAGAGAUUUGGCGGUGGCCCUUUCUGCAUGCAUAUACCAAUCGCUGUGCGAUUCCGAUACCUUUAAGAGCAGUUUACAAGAUUCACAGGAGCUCUGUUCGACCCACUUGGUCGGCCGCAGACGUCGCAUGUCUGUGAACGAAGGCCAAACAAUAAUCACGUUACCGCAAAAAUGGCCUGGCGUGAACAACUUGCGUUCCCUGUUGGCCAGAGAGAAGGACGAGGAUACGCCCAGGCUUACUGUCGUAUUAUGCGAGGCAUUCACCGCUACCUACUUGGCACUUCUACUAUAUGGUCUAGUCACUUGCGAUUGCGUUAUCCUAUUUCACGUAACCGGACACAAUUUCAAUGCUGAAGUCUGGGGAAGAUUAUUUGGUGGUGGUAUUAAAAAGCUUCUUCGUACCGCAAGUAUAUCCGGCGGAACUAAUAUACCUUUGAGCAAUCCGUCGCCUACCGAAGAAAUAAGUGGUCCCACCCAAUGGUUAAAUAAGCAGCGCGUUAAAUUAAACACAAAACUUUUGGGUCAUCAACCUUCUAUUAUGAAAGAGGAUAAACCAACUUACAGAGAACAAUUCGUACCACCAGAGUUAAGCAUACUUGCAUUUUUGCUUCAAAAGCCCGAGGGCGGCCAUUAUUGCGAUGAAGUCGAGAGUGAAAACGAGGAUAGCGAAGACGAGGACGUUUUCGAUGGACCGACUACCGCAACUAAAACUGUCAACAAUGAACACUCUGAUCCUAAUUCGUAUUCGUGGUUGAUUCUAAAACUCGCCGUUCUUAAAAUGGUUCACACGAGGCUCAACGAGUUUUUGGCGGUUGCAAGUUUGGAAAUGUCCGAAUUACCAGUGGCAAGUCCUUUAAUUCACAGUAGUUUAAGGAAACUAAAUCAUUGGCAGGAACAGUUGAAAAAAGAAUUAGAGGUUAGACAGGCUCCUCCAGAAUACAUUCCUGGUUGUUUUGUUGAAAGUUCCACAUCAGGACCUGCUAUUCAAAAAUAUAGGCAAUUAUUGGAACCACAAAAUACUCCGUUCAGUAACAAGAGCUCAGCCAGUACGGCCAGAAGCCUCUGGAUCUAUUUGGUUCACCAGGAACCUGUUCAGGACAUAUUUAUUAGAGCCGUAUUCGGCAAAAGACGAUCGCUCACAGCAAUGGACGAUGUUUUGCCUAAUCCUGAACCUGCUUUAGAACCUGUUAGAAUAAUACACAAGGAACAGGAUUCGAUUGCAGCUUUCAGUUUGAAUCAAGUAAAUAAUGGUCAGAUUGUGGUUGCGACAACCAAAGAGCUCCAAGAGAUGGAGAUAUCACUUUUGUUGGAGCUGCCUGCCUGGUUGGAGGAUGAGUGUGAGCUGGACAUUUUGAACCUGAACAAGGAGCUGCCCGACCCGUCUGUGCCUCCAUUCCUGGUAAUUCAAAGCUCAGGAGACAAGGAAAAAACCACACAGCCUGGCAGCCCGACAUCCGGAAUCGCCAGCCAGAGCGGCAGAGGUGCUAGUGUGAUUCUUAAACACAAAAUUGACGGCGUUCGGAGGAUUACCGCCCAUCCAUUGUUACCAUUAUACUUGACCGGUGGACAAGACGGUUCCGUGCACCUAUACGAGUGGAACCACGAACAACCCGUGGCCGUACCAAGACCACCUGGCACCUACGCGAAGGUGACAAGAGUGAGAUUCUCGCAGCAUGGCAACAAAUUUGGCGUUGGCGAUUCUGACGGCAAUCUUAGCCUGUUCCAAGUCGGAAUGAGCGUCAACGCUACUCGACCAUUUUUCACCCUGCAAUGCCACAACAAGGGUAUUGGUGAUUUUGUUUUCUUGGGAUCUUGCAGUCUACUAGCUACAGCCGGCCACAGUUCCGAAAGCAAAAACGUGUGCAUCUGGGACUCGAUAAUGCCACAGGGUAAAGCGUUGGUGGUGGCGUUCACUUGUCACGACCAAGGGGCCAGCAGUCUGGUGUUUGCACCUCAGCACCAGGUACUCAUCUCGGCCGGCAAAAAGGGUGAUGUGUGUCUGAUUGACGUGAGACAGAAAGCGAUACGUCACAAGUUCCAGGCGCACGAAACUGCGGUCAAGUGUAUCGCGAUCGAUCCUCAUGAAGACUACUUCGCCACAGGAUCGGCAGAUGGAGACAUUAAGAUUUGGGGUGUAAGUGUUCCCAGCGUACUUUUGGCUCUGCCCGCCGAGCACGCAAAGAGCAGUUUCUUCAAAAAUAUCGGUUCAGGUGUGACCCAGCUGCACAUAGAUGCGCACGGUAGGCUUUUCUCUUGCGGUUCAGACGGUAGCAUGAAGGUAAGGCAACUUCCCGACCGGGAAACCCUCUUGAACCACCACAACCACAAUAAUAAAUAAAUGUUUUGGACUUUUAAAGCACUUCAUAUAGAUAGAUAAAUAUAAACCAAAGUCAUUGCAAAUUUAAUUGAAGAAAAAUGAUUUGAUUUUUAGUUACUUAAUAGUCGUUGUUGUUGUUUAAACAAAAAGUAUUUAAAUCUGCAUUUAUUGUGUAUACUUGCAGUGGCUUAACUUAAUCAAUACUACAAUAUUCUUACUCAAAAAACGUGUUAUAAACUAAAUAAUUUACAUAAAUUUUGUGGUAAACUUUAAAUGUAAACAAUAACCAAUAACGGCAAGUUUAUUGCUUAUUAUUAUUUUUUUAGUUUGGAAAUUUUAUUUUACCGAAAUAAGUAAUAAAAAUAAUUAUCGCAUAAACAAUGCAACCCUGCAUAUAAUAACUUAUUGUAUAAAACAAAAUACAAUUACACCAAUGCAUUAUUGUUUUAUCAAUUUUAUACAUUUGAUAGUUUUAAUAACUGUUAUUUAAAUGACUGUUACUAGUUUUGUCUUUUUGUUAAAUUCAUUAUAUUUACUGCAUAUUAUGUAAAAUUUGUAAAUGUGAUCAUAGUAUUUUAGGAAACUAUUCUAUAAUUUUAAAUGUAAAUUAUUUCAACAUAAUAUAUCCAAUAAUUAAAAAAAUA